ACUCUUAUUAAACAGUACAAUCAUUCAACCCAAACCAACCACACAGCUUCAAUUGCUUCUGCACGUAUUGAUAAUUGCAGCUGAAAUGGGGAAUCAUCAUCUCGUCUUUAUACUAUGUCUGAUACUUUCUUGCAUAUCUUUUGCCGACGUGGAGUGCGUAAAUGAAUGGAUCAGAAACCAAAUUCAGCCAUCAACAAGCAACAAGCAAUUUCCUAAGAAUUUUUCCUUUGGGGUGGCGACAGCCGCCUAUCAAAUCGAGGGUGCAUGGAACGAAGACAGUAAGGCGCCCUCCAUUUGGGAUAUAUACACUCACACGCAUCCAGAACGAAUAGCCGAUCAUUCAAACGGAGAUAACGCCGCUGAAUCUUAUCAUCGCUUCGAACAGGAUUUGGUUGCACUCAAAGAACUUAAGGUCAAUUUCUAUCGGUUUUCUAUAUCAUGGUGUAGAGUGCUUCCCUACGCAGAUACUUCGGUGAAAAAUCAAAAGGCAAUUGACUACUACAACAUGGUUAUCGACAAGUUAUUGGAGAACCACAUCGAGCCGAUGGUGACAAUGUUCCACUAUGAUACGCCCGAAGAGCUGUCAAAAUUCGGUGGCUUUACCAAUGAUAUUGUCAUUAAGUACUUCCGCUCCUAUGCAGAUUUUCUGUUUGAAACUUUUGGUGAUCGCGUCAAGAAGUGGAUUACAUUCAAUGAACCCUUUGACUACUGUGUACCAGGCUAUGGCAAUGCGAAUUACCCACCAAUGAUCCAUGCACCGGGAGUGGCAGACUACUUAUGUAUGGACAAUACUUUGCGGGCUCACGCAUCUGCUUAUCGCCUUUACAGAGCCAAAUAUUUCCACUCGCAACGAGGCAAAGUGGGCAUUACCAUUAGCAGCCGGUUUUAUUAUACCCCAANCCAAGCCAUGAACAAAGGUGUACGGCUCAUUAAAAUCGGACUUAAAAUGACACAUUUACGGGCUGUCCUGAAUGCAAUCAACGAUGGGUGCAACGUUACACACUACUCCCAUUGGAGUUUAAUCGAUAAUUUCGAGUGGAAUAAGGGAUUUACUGAAAAGUUUGGUCUCUAUUACCUGAACAUGACAAGUGAGAAUAAAGAACGUGUUGCCAAAAAUUCGGCGCAUUACUACAGGAGUGUCAUUGAAAGUCGGGAAAUAUCAUCAGGCGACAAUUACGUGUGAAAAGCUGGUGCUACAUGAAUAUUUAUUUAUACAAAAGCAAUAUUUAAAUUACAUAUGUAGAUAUGUUUGUACAUAUAUGCAAGCACUAGGAUACGAUUAUUGAAAACUAAGUGGCGCUUUGUUAUUUGAUUAUAAAUAAAUAUGUACCUUUUUGCAUACAUGUGUUUGUAUGUAUGUAUGUACAUACACAUAUUCGUUGACGAAAGUAGUCAAAUUUA